CCGAUCCAGAACAGUGGUUACCGGUUAGCUCAAGCGAAGUAGCUGUAAUCAAUCCAUGGAGAAGGGGAGAGAGAACACGAGAUUGCACGUUCUGUGUCGUAAACUGGUGAUCACCAGGAAUGAACCAGGUCUCCAAUGGCUUAUCGGUUCUCCAUUUUUUCCUCCUUCCACAAUUGUCUCCACCUUCAGAUGCAUCCACCAUUCCUUCCGCUCCCCUCAUUCUCCAGAUUUCGAGAAAGAAUCAGAAGAUCUUCGAACGUUAUUGCUGAAAGGCUUUGAAAUAAUCGGGGCUUUGAUAAUUGCACAGUCCGAUUAUGAAAGAAGUGCCGUUGACGCCAUUGAUGCUGCUCGCAAGUUGAAAAGACUUUUAUCUGGAGGAUCAAUAUCGGACAAUGAAGAAGUGAUUGGAGCCGUUGCUGAUUCGGACACUGGCAACGUUCACUUUUCGGUCUCGAGAACUGAAAGUUCGUCAAAGUUAGAACCUGUUACUUGUGUCGUGUACGAUGAUAAUCCCGAGAAGUAUAUUUGGGAGACAGGUUGCUUGCUUCGAUGCGAGCUGCCGAUUCAGUUACCAUUCUAUUUUCAGCCAAAUAAACCGUCUGAUGUAGAGAAAAUGUAUUUACAUGCUACCGAUGCUGUUGUUGCCAAGUUAAAAGAACCACAUGUUGCAUUCAUGUUUGAAACCUUAAGCAAAGCCUCUGCUGGAGUUCCUCCGCAUCUCAUAGUUCAUGGUUCAGAGCUGAAUUCUAACACUGAUCUUUCAAGUAUCAAACUCGUGGGAGACACUGCCCAGGAUUCCUAUGGAGAAGCUUUAACAUGUGGACACUUUUGUUUCAAAAAUACAUCUCCCCCUGCUGUAUUUUCUUCAGAGAAUGCAGAUAUAAUCCAAGUAGGUGUGCUUUUGAAUAGGUCUAAAAAGCCUCUAAAAUCCACUGCCCCUGUAGCAGAAUAUUUUUCGGCUUUGGAAGAGGCCAGGCUUUUGGUUGUAGAUUUUACAUUAGAGGUGCUUUGUUAUGCGGCUACGAGUCUUGAACUGAGGCAUGCGGCUGCAAAGUUGGUCAUCCCCGCACUGGUUGAUCAGUUGAAUUUAAUGAAGAAGGCAACCUUGCCUAACCUCUUAGCAGAACAUCCUCAGUUACGUGCAUAUCACUUUAGUCCGUCAUCUUUAUUGCAUCCAGUAACCAUAGUGUAUGAACUUAGUCAUGGGGAGGCAGAAAUGAAACAAGUUGACAUAAGGAAUUGUUUCACUAAGGCUCGGAUUGCUUUGAUCAACCCAAUGAGUAACUCGAUAUGGAGGGGUUCCCCUUUGCUUAAAGAUGUCCACAAUGCGAUCCCUAACAGUGUUGUCUCAGGUGGUGUUGUCUCACUGAUCCAAGGUUCUUAUGAAUAUUAUCACUACCUUCAAGACGGUUUUGAUGACUCGGGUUGGGGGUGUGCUUAUCGUUCUCUCCAAACUAUUAUUUCAUGGUUCAGACUUCAACAUUACACAUCUGUCGAUGUUCCUUCACAUGGUGAAAUUCAACAGUGCCUUGUAGAUAUUGGUGACAAGGAUUCUUCUUUUAUUGGCUCACGUGAAUGGAUUGGCGCCAUUGAGCUGAGCUUUGUUUUGGAUAAGCUUCUUGGUGUCAGUUGCAAAAUCAUGAAUGUUAGAUCUGGAUCCGAGCUACCUGAAAAAUGUCGAGAGUUAUCCUUACACUUUGAGAAUCAAGGAACACCCAUUAUGAUUGGUGGUGGUGUUCUUGCAUAUACACUUUUGGGAGUCGAUUUUAAUGAAACAAGUGGAGAUUGCGCUUUUCUUAUACUUGAUCCCCAUUAUAAAGGCACUGAAGAUCUCAAGAAAAUUAUAAAUGGUGGAUGGUGUGGAUGGAAAAAGGCGAUUGAUAGCUCGGGAAAGAGCUUCUUCUUACAUGAUAAAUUUUACAAUCUUCUGCUUCCGCAGAGGCCUAACAUGGUUUAGCUCAUGUUCAGAUUAGGAAGAGUGACUGGGACUUGACAUCAAGGAAAUGGGUUGUUUUUCGGGCUACAUGGAACCUAGUGUAAACUGUGGAUACCGAUAAGAGUUUUUUGUAUGGUAGGAAGACCUAUACUGAUAUGGUCACCAAUAACUUAAUGCAGUUCUAGAAAGUCAUGGAUAUUGGUUGAAUUGAGUUCAUAAGCUUUUCAAAAGAUUAAAAUGUAAGGGCAUGAGAAACUAAAAAUGCUGAGAAAAAAAGAAUUGUAAGUCAUUAAA